UAAAAAUGUAGUGAUUUCUCACACUAUUUCUCGUAGUUAUAUAUACGCUUUUUUCGAAGACCCUAACCUACCGCCGCCUGCAACUCCCUUUGCGCCGAUAGAGCUGCUGCCGCUACCUGCGACUGCUACUGCUUACUUUUAAAGGUUUAGGGUUUAAGGAGAAUCAUUCCUCUCCCUCUGUAUUUGGCUCAGAACUUUGUUGGAAGCCACAGAAACAAUGGUGCGGCCUUUUGCGGUGAAGGGGAAGAAGCGGAAGAAGAGGGAAGAGGUUUAUGACAGAGAAGAAGAAGGAGAAGUAGCAGAACAACCAGGGCAAGAUGCAAAAAUAGCUUUGACAGAGAAAACAAGUAAUCAUGAGGAAGAGGCAGAGGAAGGAGAAGAAGGAAAAGAGGUAGCGAAUGAUCUCGAGGGUAUUCCAAUCGCCCCAAGUGACCAUCAGAAUGCCAACAAAGAUGGGAUCAUCUUCAUUCUUGAAAAGGCUUCUUUGGAAGUGGCAAAAGUUGGAAAGAGUUACCAGCUCUUGAACUCGGAUGACCACGCCAAUUUCUUGCGGAAAAAUAACAGAAAUCCUGCUGAUUACAGGCCCGACAUUGUUCAUCAGGCUCUCCUAAUGAUUUUGGAUAGCCGAAUUAAUAAGAGUGGGAGGUUGCGAGCUGUGUAUGUGAGAACUGAGAAAGGUGUUCUUAUUGAAGUUAAACCAUACGUUCGUAUUCCAAGGACAUUUAAGCGGUUCGCUGGUAUCAUGUUGCAGCUGCUACAAAAACUGAGUAUUUCUGCUGUUGGUAAGCGUGAGAAACUUUUGCGUGUGAUCAAGAAUCCUGUAACCCAAUAUCUACCCAUCAACUCUCGCAGAAUAGGCUUCUCACAUAGUUCAGAUAAAUUGGUUAAUAUAAACCAAUAUGUGGCUUCUGCUGGUAGUGAUGUUGACCUUGUUUUUGUGGUUGGUGCAAUGGCCCAUGGGAAAAUUGAUAAAGAUUACGCAGAUGAUUUUAUAUCAGUUUCUGGUUACCCUCUGAGUGCUGCGUACUGUAUUUCAAUGAUUACCAUUGCUUUGGAGGCGAAGUAUAGUAUCUUGUGAGCCCUACUCUCUUCUGCUAUUCUCAACAAUGGUAUUUAAAAAGUUGGUACUCAAUUCUUUGAUUUUAAAUGAGUACAUGUAGUCCAUAGAGUGCAGUGCUAUGAGGAACAUUAACAUUUUGUUGUAGGAUUUAUGCAAUAUCUGUCAGUUAUUAUAAGUAUUGUGGUUGGUAUUGUCAUUUA